AGGGGCUAGAUUUGCAAACUGACAAAUAGUGAAAGCGAUAGUUUGAAUAAAGAAGCAACUUCAAAAUUGCACCACUUUCGAGGACGACCAAUCCCAUCCAAAAAUGAAGAAAGUUUUUUAGGAUCUAGACAUUACAAGUAGUGCCAAAAACUUCAUUAUAGAGUGUUCACAUAAACUUCAAGACUGCUCGCAAAAGCUACUACUAUGGAAGCUUAAUUAGUUGAGGUAAUUUUUUGCUCAAAAGAAAAUGGCUAGUUUUCUUAUGCUAAAGAAUCGUUUGGCUAUUUUAGUGGUGUUAUUUAGUUGCUACUACUACUUGGGAGAUUUUACUGUAUCAGCACGACAGUUUAGACCUGGAUUUGUGUACACAAGAAACACUGGAAGAUGCACUCCCCAGUAUUGGAGCAGCAGGAGAGAGUCAUGGCCAAAGAUGGUACCACUAACAUCAACAGUAUCCAAAAUAUUCGGAUCGAGGGCCUACGAGCGAUACAGGUACGAUCUAACACUGCUAGAAGCUGCUGCAAGAAACGACGAUAUGGACAACAUAUUUGCAAGAUUAGUGAAGCAAUCAACGGCUGCAUUGUUGAAUUCAUAUGCCAGAAAGAAUUAUCCAUACAGUGCUUGGGAAGUAAAGACAAUGCUCAUUCAAGCUUUGGUUUCUGAUAAGUCUGCUGCUAUUUUGGCUCAACAGUUAUCUGAAGUUAAUGAAGCCUGCAAUUAAUUACUUAGCUUCUUGUUGAUUGUUGUUACAAGUGACUGUUAAUGUGGUUAAUCUUUUGUUAGCUUUUUGUUUGGUAUGAAGCUAUAAGCUUUGGAUUUAAUCCUGUAGCAAAAAGAAAUGGAGUCAAGUUCAAGGCAUA